UGCUGCUGGCACGGGCACCAGCUCCCAGGGCACAGCAGCACUUUCUCUCCUUCCAGAUGCUGCUGCCCUUCAUCAACAUCAAGCACCCAGCUGUGUGUGAACGGGCCGUGGCAAGGAUCGCAAAGCUGGCCGAUUUGAUGGCCAGCUCUUCCUCAGUGCAGGUCUGGAGCUUGCUUGGACACGACCACAGCUCUUCCCACCAUGACAUCAGCAAGGACUGCUUGCUGGGACAGCUGCUGGGACGUCUCAUUGUUUGCUGGACUAGCAAGAUCUGGGCGAUCCAGCAGGAGGCUUUGGUUGCUCUUCAUCACCUCUCCAUAUUCAUCCAGCACCAAAAAUGCAUGACGUCACCUCAACCAGACAAUUGUCAUGAUCAUCCAGAGCAUCCCCAGGCUGGAGGGAAGAGGGAAGCAGGGAAACCCUCCUGUCUUUCUCUGUGCAGCACGAUUAGCAUGGCAAAGGUAAUGAGCUUCUUCCUUGCUGGGCCUCUUGUCUGGGGCAUCAGAACGAGACUGGUGCAAGCAAAGGGAUCCAGAACCAGCGGGCUUGGCAUGACCUCACUGUCCCUGGUCAGAGGGUUGCUGCUGUUCUGGAGCAGGGACUUCAGAGGGCUGCACUCCAGGGUCCCUCCUCUCUCACCUAGGGACCUCUCUUCUUAUCCUCUACUCCGCAACGACUGCAGCCCCUGCUGCCAGCUUUCCCGUGGGUCCUCUCGCCAGAGCUGCUCUCACUGCCCAGCUGAGCAGCACUAUCAGGGCACUCAGUGUAACACGUCUUCCCCGCCUUCCUCCUUCCUGCAGGCAUUUGAGGAAUACCUCCACCCUGCUGAUAAGACAGUCAUCAUCCUCAGGGCCAUACAGGCCACGAGAGACUCAUGCGUAUGUGACAAGGAAGAGUUGAUCAGCGUCCUGAACGUGGCCAUGACAGAACCUGCCUCCUGGCUGACAGAGGUGCGGAUCAUCACGCGCUGCAUCUAUAACAACUUGCAGCACAUCAGCGCAGCAUCAGCCCGGUGCAGCCUGAAGUCGCUGUUUCUAAGCAUGGCAGAGCAGAAGCCCAGGGAGAUGAUCUUGAGCCUUAUAGAUAUCUCUCCAGCAUGUAACAGCAAAGUUGCUCAGGCCAUGUGGGAAGCGCUGCUGUCCCAGCCCCUCAUCUUGGUGAAGGUCUUGAGGGAGCUGAGAAGGAACCUCCAGCACCUGCAGUUACGUAUCAGACACGGAUUCUGCAGAGUGAAGUUCUGUAUCCGGCUCUUGGCUCUCCUGGCCUGCAGCGAUGUGACACCAGAGGAAUUCGCUGGGGUGUACAACAGGGAGAAGUUCCCGUGGUGUCAAAAUGUGGUGCUGUUCUCGCUGACGCUCACAGGCCUCAUCACGUUGUCACAGUCACCUGACACGGUGAGCAGGGCAUAG